AUGACAGGGGCUAUUCUGAUAGAUCCAUUCGCUGUAAUACUCCGUAGUUACUCAAGGCCUGACGCGCGUCUGGCUUUAAGCCUUGUCGGGAAAUAGACCCUCUCUUCCCUUCUGAUCAGUUUAUUUUUUGGAAUACAUACUCGUAUCCUGUUACUUGCAAGGCCCCACGACUGGGCCUUACACAAAGCUUCCGAUCGCGUCCUUCACCGUCAAUGAUGUCAUUGUUGCCACGGUAAGCCACAUGUUUGCCCGGAGAUUCAGAAGCACCUGCUGCAUCAUCAGGUCAUUCCAACAUGAGAGGGUCUCUGACAUUCCAUGCAACUUCUUGGUGGCUUUAGCUGCGGUGCGUGCUGGGCAAGUUGCUUUACACGGCGGACAAGUUCUCUGCGGAGGUCUACGGACCAGUCGUCUUCAAGAUCAUGGAUCACUGCUAUGAUGGUUCGUAUACCUCGAUUACAGGGGUGUCAUCGCAAUGUGUGUGGACUAGCGUCGCAGCUUGGGUUGGGCACAAAGAACUUCGUCGAUUGAUGGAGGCCCGGCUGAGGCCGCCGCUGAAGCGGCUUCGUUCGGAUUUGCCUAAUUUGUGCUCGUAG